CCUUAACCCACUCAGCUCUCAGACCUUGAGCUUCAUAAAGGAACCUCAGGUCAGCGACCGACCUUAAAGUUGACAGCUGAGCCCUUCAUCGCUCUCCACCAUGAUCCUGUACCUGCUCUUCCCCGUUCUUAUCCUCGGUAUUGUGGAGUCACAAACAGCCAACAUGACAGACAAAGAGUGGAGGAAAGCUGAUGGGAACCUAACAUUGAUUGAGUCCAUUGCCAACAGUACGAUGAAACCCUUUACUGUGACGUCCAGUUUGAACAAGGACAAGAAAAGUGAAAUUGUGGAUGAACUGCAAAACCAGACUGCGACUGUUAUCACAGAAGAUGAUGAGAAUUUCCAGGACCAGGUAACUAUGUUCCCUGGCAGACGGUGUCAGCAGGACUUGCUAGAAGAGUAUAGUCACAUCUUAUGUGGUAAAGAGUUUCACACACAAAUGGAGUCAGUCAGCACAGAAGACCGGUGUGUCCUGGACAAUAUCAUCAGACCAUACCACGAAAUGACGGUGUGCUUGGAGAAGCUGUCUAAUCUGAUCGGCUGCUAUUACCCAAACCCCAUCAUUCAAGAGUUCUUUGUCCAGAUCCACUCUGAGUACUUCAAGAACUGUGCCGAGGAGGAGCUUCUGCACCCGGAUGCUCCUCACGGGGUGGUGAUCACCCUCACACUCAUCCCUGUUUGCCUCAUCCCCGUACUGGUUUAUAUGGUGAUUUGGAAAAGUAAAGUCCAGGAGUGAGUGAGACCUGCACCAUCAGUGAACUCACAGUACGUGUGUUAUAUGUUCCACAAACAGCUGUAUAUGUUUUUAAAGAAGAGUUGUAUAAUGCGGUCUGGAAAUGAAGUUUUCACUCAGUAUGUAUUAAAAUAAUAGUUUGACAUUUUGAGAAAAACUCUUAUUUGCUUCCUGGCAGAGAGUCAGAUGAGAUAAUUCACCUUUCCUUCGUCCUGCCCUGUUUUGCUCUGUAAAAGAUAAAAUGACUUUAUAGUCACAUCUUGAGUUAACUAAUGUUAGCAAAAGGUUAGCUAACUAGAAAACUAAUGACUGAUGUAGAUUGGCCAGCUAGUGAGCUAGCGUUUUGACUAGCAGUGACCGUCCUCUACUGGUUGAACACUAGCUAUUGCAAUUGAAUUGUGCAGUUUUCUUAGCCAAACAAGCCCUGCUUCUAGUGUCGAAGCUCGGGCGGACUCUCUGUGUUUGCAUCGUGGACACAGAGAGUCACCGGAGAGGAGAAAGUGGACCAAGAUGUCACUGUUAUUGGAGCACAGAGCAAAAAAGGGCGGGACUUAGGAAGGGUCAAUUGUCCAUGGCAGGCCAUGUUUCUACAGCUCGGAGGUAAUGUAGAAACAUGGCAGCCUCUGUUAUAGAGAAUCCGCUCCGUCUGUAGAUAAAAACAUCUCAUUCUAACGUAACAAAAACACAACUAUUGCUAUUUUCAGGUGAUUAAACACUAAUGAAAACACACCUAUUAACACUAUACUGCAUUUCUGACAAUUUAUCCUCCUGAAUGUUACACACUGGACCUUUAAAGAGAUUUGGGAAAUACUUAAUUUCCUAAAAUUUUGAUGUUUUUAUUUUCCUUUUUUGCUGAGAUUUCUUGUUUUUGUUUUUAUUUAAAUCUCAGCAGCACAAUUAUUUUACUACUUUUAUGCAUUAAGUUUUGUGUGUAUCUUAUUUGUGAACAUAAAUAAAGUAAAAGCAGCUGCACACAUACAGUACGUGACAGUACGAACAACGAGAA